AUGACGAGCGACGAUCAGUUCUUCUUUGACUACCUCUCGUCUAUACCCCAUGACGUAAGGCGAUACUCACUCGAAGUUGCCGACUCGAUCGACCGACAAGUUGACCAUGCCGCGAGCUUGAUCAAAGAUGCUAUCGCCCAACAAGCAUGGCUUCCUCCCGCUGUUCGUCCAUCGCGCCCUUCCCAACACAUGCGCACCCCGCAAGGCCUGACGGACCGGGUGCAAAACUGGGUCUUGAGGAAUCGCGCAUGGACAGCGGCCAUCCUUGCAUUCGUCGGCACUGGCGUUGUUAUGUACUAUGGUGGCAACAAGCUUCACGGGAAGCGGAGAAAGGCCAAGAGAGCUGGUAACGGUGGUAGAAAAGAGAUUGUUGUCGUUGCUGGAUCGCCGCAUGAGCCGAUGACUAGAGCUAUCGCCAUGGAUAUGGAACGCCGUGGAUACAUUGUAUAUGUGACAGUUUCUUCCGCGGAAGAAGAAUACAUUGUUCAAUCUGAAAACCGUGUUGAUAUCAAGCCUUUGUGGUUGGAUUUGACGACUUCAUCUCCUUUGCCAUCCGAGGUCCAUCCCUCGUUGAACGGUCUCCGUUCCUUGAUCACCCAGCCCCAGUCGCCUACUGCUGGAGUGCCUCCUCACACCUGCCAGCUAAGCGGCCUGAUCAUUGUGCCCUCAACCAACUAUAGUGCAGGCCCCAUCGCAACAAUCCCACCGUCAUCCUGGGCCGACACAGUCAACACCCGCAUCCUCUCCCCCAUCCUCACAGUGCAGGCUUUCCUCCCUCUCCUCACCCUCCGCAGCAACAGCAAGACUGUUGUUUUCGCCUACCCCUCUAUCUCAUCCUCGCUCUCGGCACCCUUUGCCGGACCUGAAGUAGCCACAAGCCGAGCAAUGUCAGGCUUCGCAGCUUCACUGCGUCAGGAACUCAGUCUCCUCGAGCAGGGCAACGUCGACGUCGUCGAACUGCGCCUCGGAAAUAUCGAUUUGGGCCCUACAUACCGACACGGUCAGAGCCAGGUCGCAGGCACAGAAGUCCUCGCUUGGAGCACACAACAGCGAGCCCUCUACGGCUCGCAGUACCUAUCCAGCGUGGAACAACGACCCGUUGCAUCAGCCGGUCCCAGUGCUAUCCGCGGCUCUCCCGCACGAAACCUCCACUACGCCCUUCUAGAUGCCCUAGAACCCAGAACCCGGGGAAUCUUUGGUCAGAAGACCUCCAAGAAAACCGUCAUGUACGUGGGACGUGGAGCGCGGUCGUACAGCCUGAUCGGUAACUGGGUUCCCAGCGGCCUUGUGGCCUUGAUGAUGGGGUACCGCAGCGGCAGCCCAAUGGGAUCACACAGCCCGAGCGGCAGCAGCAGUGAAACCAGCUGGGAAAGAGUUUAA